AGAUGGCGGAGUCCGAGGAGCCGAAAAAACCCACCUGCACAUUUAUUUUUAAGAAAUCAAACAAGAAAUUUUCCGCACGGAAAAGAAAUGCAAGUGACAGCGACAAAGAAAAAAGCAGCGGCGAUGAGGGCAGUGCAGUGGUCAGAAAGAAGAAAUCUGCCGCUGUGAACCCCAUGAUUCAGAAAACGAAGAAAGUGGAGAGGGAAGCUGUCUCAUCGAGUGAAAGUGAAGAAGAGAAGGAAGAAAAGAGCGUGACUGUCGCUUACAAGUCCACUCGCUCAGCGAAACCAGAGGGGCCGGAUGACAUGGGGGCCACUGCUGUCUAUGAGCUGGACACAGAGAGGGACAAAGAUGCUCAGGCCAUCUUUGAGCGCAGUCAGAAAAUCCAAGAGGAGCUGACUGGUAAAGAAGAUGAUAAGAUUUAUCGUGGGAUCAACAACUAUCACAAAUUCAUUAAACCCAAAGAUUCCACUAUGGGCAAUGCCUCCUCUGGCAUGGUCAGGAAAGGCCCAAUUAGAGCGCCUGAGCACCUCAGGGCCACAGUGCGGUGGGAUUACCAGCCUGACAUUUGUAAAGAUUACAAAGAGACUGGUUUCUGUGGGUUUGGAGACAGCUGUAAGUUUUUGCAUGACCGCUCGGACUACAAGCACGGCUGGCAGAUUGAACGAGAGCUUGAAGAAGGAAGAUAUGGAGCAAACGAUGAUGAGAAUUACGAAGUGAGCAGUGAUGAUGAAGAUCUUCCCUUCAAGUGUUUCAUUUGUAGAGAGUCUUUUAAGAACCCCAUUAUAACAAAGUGCCGGCACUAUUUUUGUGAAGCCUGUGCCCUGCAGCACUACCGCAAGUCUAAGCGCUGCUACGUUUGUAACCAGCAGACCAAUGGAGUCUUCAAUCCUGCCAAAGAGCUGAUGGCUAAAAUGCUGAAACGGCAGGCAGCAGAUGAUCAGCCUCCUUCAGAAGAAGAAGACUAGCACCACACAGCCUCCCCUUCUCUUUUCUACUUUAAUCACUCACAUUCAGAGUUGUACAUUUUCAAAGUAUUUGAAAUAAACGUGUCUUUUGUAGA